CAGUAUAAGCGGCAUAGAGCAGCAACAUCCCGAGCUAAUACUUAGAGGGAGAGAGAGAGAGAGAGAGAGAGAGAGAGAGAGAGAGGCAGUGUAGCAGAAGACAAUUAAAGCCGUUGAGAGUGUCUCGCGCGAUGGCCGUUGGAGCUUGAAGUACAAGGGACUGUGCGAGAGAGAGGGCUUGAAGCGUGUGUGUCUACUGCAUCAGCGCGAGCGCUGAAGGGAGAGCGAGCGAGCUGCGAGAGGAGCUGGACCCGCGCGACCUAACCUAGUCCUCGUGGCGUCUCCUGCUGCCCGUGACCUGUCGUCGUCGCCCUAGGGACCAAGUGCCAAGCGACGACGCUCCCCCUGCUGACGACCCGGACGACGAGUAUGCCAGGAAGCGCGGAUGAGCAACACAAUUUUUAAAGAGAGAAAAUGGACCCGGCGACUGUUAUUUCUCUGUGCAAAGAGAACAUUCAACCUUUAAAACAUGGAAGAAAUGCUGCACAGCUCGGUACUGCACUUCGAGCUCAAGAAGAUGUAGAGGCUCAACAGUUACUCCAACAGGAGAGACAAAUGUAUGAGGAUACAAUCAAAAAUUAUGUUGGCGAUGAUCCUUUGGAGAAUUGGUAUGAUUAUAUUUCUUGGGUAGAGCAGAGCUAUCCUAAAAGUGGACAUGAGUCUCCCUUAGCAAGACUUUUACAGCAGUGUUUGACUAAUUUUGAAAAAGAAACAAAGUACCAUCAAGAUCAAAGGUUUAUUCGAUUGUGGAUAAAUUAUAUAAGUAUGCAAAAGAAUCCUUUGGAACUGUAUCAACUCCUUUACAAUAAUGGAAUUGGAACCAUGGUUGCUGAUUUAUAUCGAGCUUGGGCAUUUGAACUGGAACAAGUUGAGGAUUUUAAAAGGGCGGAUGAAGUGUACAUGAUUGGUAUGAGCUGUCGUGCUGAACCUCGAGAGGAAUUAGACUACGCACACAAAAACUUUCAAUUAGCUGUCGCUCGAAAAAUGCUAGGACGCAAUGACGACAGGAACGAAGUUUCUGUAGCUGAGCAGAGACAUGCAUUCAGUUCUUUAAAAGCAAUUAAGGCUGGAAAAAGAGUAGGUAGUGUAAGAACGGGCCAUCGAGUGCGUGACUACAUGCCAGGUGCAGUUCCGCAACAAACGGGCACAAUGAGCCAAGCACAAAAGCCAAAUGCUCCAAUACAGAUUUAUCAGGAUGAUAUGCCUGGCGAGAUGAAAGGAUCUAGUAUUCUAGAUCAUGUUCCAAUUGAAGAGGCUGUGCACAAAGAAAAUACCAUUAAACCAGGACCCUGGAACAAUAAUGCCAGGAAAUGUCCACUCAUAUCUUCAGCUGUGAAACCGUCUUUCAAGGUGCACGAAGAUACCGAAGAAAUUAACAUGGACAAACUAAGACUUUUUCCAAAUCACAUUGCGUUCUACGACGAUAGUAAAUAUGAUGAUUGCGUGGUGCCCGUAUUUGUUCCAGACGUGCCUAAUCCAAAUAUUAUCCUCAAAUCUCAAUAUCCCAAAGACUUAGUUUACGCCAAUAAUGAGGACAGAAGCUUAGAACAAAUUAAAGCUCAAAAGUAUCUCGAAACCUGGCGACGAAAAAAUCAACUAUCUUCAAAUAGCCAAAUGCAAGACACAAAUAGUGUAAAUCAACAUUCCAUACCAAAAGUACAACACGGCAAUCAGUUGGAGGAAUUGGAGCGCCAAAACGCUGAAAGACAGAGACUAGAGCAGCAGCAGAGAGAAGCUGAAUUGGAAAGACAAAGGCUAAUAGAGCAGCAGCAAAGAGAGGCUGAAUUAGAAAGGCAAAGGCAGAUCGAGCAACAGCAGCGAGAGGCUGAACUUGAACGUCAGCGGCAACAGCAGCAACGUUUGCAGCAAGAGCAAAUGGAAAAUUUACAACGCGUUGCAGAGCUCAAACGACAGAUGUAUGAAGCUGAGCAGAAUGAGUUGAAACGAAUCGAGGCCGAACGACUUCAACAGCAGCAGCAGCAACAGCAGCAACAUCAACAACACCAGCAAAGCAUUCACAAUUCAAGCUACAUGAGUACGCAUCAUUCAUCUACAACGGACGAGCAACAUUUGCUCGGCCAAAGCAUGACAGUCAAUACUAAGGAGGCUAUAAGUGCCGUACAGGAUUUGUGGCAAUCGCCUAGCAGUAAUUCCAGUCGCAUGAUGAGUCCUAUCGUACAUAGAAUGCAAGCAGAAUCCAGAAGUAAGAUCUCCUUUGACAUACACAUGGACAGCUCUAUGACGCAGAACGUCGUGGUCAGUAAUAAACUGCAGCAUCAACAGCAGCAAAGUUUUGGUCCUGUUCCUGUAUUCAACGAUCAGGAAAACCACCACUUUGAUAAUCCCUUCUCCAAUCACGAGCAUCAGAACUCUUACAACAAUCACUCUGCAGCUCAGAACUCUUAUCAUUUGCAGAAUUCAUAUCAGAUGCAGCAACAUCACGAAUCGCAUCUUCAGCCUCCUCAUCAACAACCCCAUCUCCACCACGCACAACAUCAUCCGCAGCAUAUGCAGUCUCCUCAUCACCACCAAGCACUGAUGCAACAGCAGCACCAACCUCAGCAUCCUCAACAUCACCAGGUCUCGCCGCAUAUGCAGCCACCUCACCAGUUGGCGCAUCAUCAAACUUCUCCUCACGCGAUGCAUCAUCAGUCAGCGCCACAACAUCAUGCGGUGGCUCAGCACCAUUAUCCACAACAUAUGCAGCUACCUGUUCAACACAUGCCACAGAAUCAACAGCACCAUAUGCAACAUGCCCAACUUGGCGUGCCACAGCACAUAAAUACGACACAGCACAUGAAUACGUCGCAGCACAUGAACACAUCACAGAAUAUGAGCACGUCACAACAUAUGAACACGUCUCAACAUUUGAAUUCUUCACAGCAUCUUAACAAUUCUCAACAUCUCCAACAUCACCCCCAUCACCCUCCUCAGCAUCAGACGCAUUUGCAACAUCCGCAACACGUUUCGCAUCCUCAUCAUGCUCAACAGGUUGCUCAGCAACAGCAACAAUCUCAGCAACAUAUGUACCACCAUGUGCCAAAUACCAUGGGAUACCUGCAGCCCUAUACAUCUCCCUUACAGUCUGGCCACAGUAUUGAGCAACAGCAAAAACAGUUACACUAUUCAGGAUACAUUGACCCAGCUGCUGAUACAAGUGCCGGAAAACCUUCACCCUAUCGAAUGCCGCCAGAUUUACCACAUAUUAAAUCUCCGGGUAUGAAUCGUCGCGACCUUAAGUAUCUUGAAAAUGCAGAGAACAAAGAGAAUGCGGCUGUCGGCUUGGAAUAUAAUGGCGUCUUAGAUGACAGUGUGAUCAAGCAACAACAACAUCAUCAUCAACAGCAGCAGCAACAGCACCAGCCACAGGAUGAGAACAACCUCUACAACAUAGAUGAGAGCCUUGGAAUAUCUCCUCUUCCUGGCGUAAACGAGACCUGCUACACCGAAACCUUCAAUCGACCUCUUAUUGCUUCUACUCCUAUGACAAAUCAUUUUAAGGCCUACAAACCGCCUAAAGAUGUGCAACACCAACAUCAGCAACAUCAACAUCAAUUACAGCAGCAACAACAGCAACACGUACAGCAGCAUCCGCCACAACAUCAUCAGUACCAGAACCAACCUGUUGUCCCACAUACUCCAGCACAAACAAUACCUAGCUCUGGCGAUCUGGGUGAAAAAUUAAGCGUAAUAAUGGAAUCGACCAGAGAAUAUGUCUCCAGCAGUUCGGCUAGCAGUGGAACUACUAGAAUGGCUUUCACGAUAACUCGUGAUGACUUACCAACGAUAAAAGAACAGUCUACCGUAGAUGAUACAACAACGAAUAAUUAUUUGAGCGGUAAUGCUUCCACCUACGAGCAGCAGCAACAUGCGGCCUACGAACAAAAAAUGCGAGCGCAAAUCCAAGCAGUGCACGCACAAAGUCCGCGUACAGUUCAGCGCAACGUUGAUCAAAUAACUAGUGAAAUCAAGAAUAAUUGCGAUUUGCGCAAAUCCAUUAGUUUUAGCAAUGGAGGAACAAAAACGCCUCAGACAUCGCCAGAGGCCAAGCCGCCAGUGCAACCGCAACAGCCGCCUGACAGCUCAAUGGAUUAUGAGUUCCACGAGCCGAUGGAACAGGUUGAGGACGAACCAGUAAAAGAAGAACCUCCGUUCGAGCUACCUGAAGGAGACAUUAAUCCAUUUGAUAAGAAUCUUAUAAGUGGUUUGUUAAGAAGAAUGAAGUUCCCCCAAAGUCAGCACGCCAAUGGCUACUGCAAGCUCCGGUCAAAUCUCGUUAAGUUUGUGCCUUCUAGUACUAUCACUCUUGGAAACGAUACUUAUGAUUUGGAUAAGUGCCUUGGAAAAGGAACGUACGGAACAGUUUUCAAAGGAACUGAUUUGCAAACCCGUAAGGUUGUUGCGUUAAAAACGCAAAAGCCAGCUUGGGUUUGGGAAUAUUACAUUGCUAGAGAGAUCAAGACACGACUCACAAAUCCGCACAUGCUGCGAGGUUUCAUGGACGUCCAAACUGCCUACAUAGCAGAGAAUGGAAGCGUGUUAGUCUCGGAAUUUUCCAAGUAUGGUACUUUAUUAGAAGUAACGAAUAAAAUCAAGAUUUCUACGGGAAAACCUUUGAGCGAACCACUAGCCAUUUUCUUUACGAUAGAGAUGCUUCAGAUUGUGGAGUAUUUGCACAAAUGCCAAAUUAUACAUGCUGAUAUCAAGCCCGACAAUUUCCUUUUGAUGCACAUGCCCUCUGAGGACGUGAGACCAACCAUUCAGUUAAUAGACUUUGGUUGUGGUAUAGACAUGACUUUAUUCCCCGAGGGUACAAAAUUUACACAGAUCAUCAAAACAGAAGACUUUACAUGCAUUGAAAUGCAGACCGGGAAGCCGUGGACUUACCAAACCGAUUUAUACUGUUUGGCUGCCUCUAGUCAUUGCCUCCUGUUUGGAAACUACAUGCGAGUUUCAAUGAGUGGAAAGAAGUGGUAUAUCAAUUCUAAAUUACCAAGGUACGCUAAGAAAGUUGUAUGGGAAAAGUACUUUACUGAUUUACUAAACAUCGAGUCUUGUGAGAAUCUUCCGGAUUUACCUAAAUUGCGAAACAUGAUGGAGGAAGCGCUGGCACAAAUGUCUGAGCUGCAGACUAAGUAUCGACAGUUCUCCAACGUACUCAAUCAUCGAUAACGCUUACUUAAUCUAUCUUACUCACAAAUCGUCAUUCAGAAAAACGUAUCGAAUACAACGUGUAAACCUUGGUUGCUGCAAGGCGUUGUCGAUCUUUUUCUUGCUAUUUCUCCAUCAGUUCGGAACUUGCUUGGUUAUAACCAUAGUUUUAAUCAAUGUGACAUUAAGAGGUUGAUAUUUAUUUGAGAUUUUCCUUUUAGCUAAUAAUGUUAACAUAAGAAAACAGCUUCCUGCUUGUAACUGAUACAGUUUGUUAUACGCUCAUUUAUAUUAUAAUUUACUAUGGAUGAUUGAUAAAUUUUUAAGAAAAGGAAAAUUACUUCAUAAAUAUUGAAUAUUAUUAGUUGUAUUGGUAUUCAAUAAACAGCUUAUAUUACAAUUCUAUGCAAGAUCCCUAUCGCGUGCUUUGCUAAGGAGCAACAGCUUUGAGAAAGAUUGCGCAACCAACGUUUAUAAAGUGAAAAUAACUGUAAUGUGCUAUUUAUUAUAAACAUCAUUUACGAUUUAUUAAUCCUAAAAAUUAGCUGAAAAUUCUCAACUACUUUUUGAACAUGCUUCUGUAUCAAACUUAAAUAUGGUUUAAACAUAAAGUUGCAAUAAUUUAUAAUGUAUAGGCAUAGGUAACCAUAUUCUUUAUUUUCUGUUUUUUAGAAUUUUUAACCUUAGGUAAGGUCUUUUUUAAUGAUAUUUUACGUUUUGAACGUUUUACUUAGAUCUUAUUUUUAAAAAACCCAACAUAUGUCGUAUGUUUAAGUUUGAUACAUCAAGAGCAUAUCCGUAUGUUGAGUCAUCGUAAUAUAGGUUAUAUAAAAAAGGGUUAAGUGAGUAGGGAUGUAAUAAGAUAAGAAGAUAUGGACAAAGAUUUCAGAUUUACGUUGAAGGUGAUUUAUUGUUAGAUUUUAUAAAACCUACAAAUAUUAGGUCGUGUAAUAGUAAUAAUAAUAACUAUAAUAUUUAAAGUAUAUAUGAAUAAUGUGAAAUAAAAUGAAUUAAAUGGCUGAUGCUAAGGUAUGUUAUAUGCAGAAGCAACAAAAUGGCAAAAUAUCGCGCACGUUCAAUCAUAUACUGACAUAUGUAUACUUUGCCUUACUUGGACGUUGCAGCGUAAAAAACGAAUUUUGAUGACAACAUUGACACUGAACAAAAUUCGAAUAUCACUUGUAAACUAUUCAUUUUCAAACUUUUAAUUUGAGCGCUAUAUUGCCCUUUUUCCGUCGAUCGAAUUAAAGGGUCAAUAAAAACAAAUUAAAAUUAACUGUUGAUACGCUGGUCUUACUUCGUUUCAAUAAGAUGCUCCACUUGUUUUAAGAAAUACUGAAGCAUAUAAAAUUAUAUCUUUUUCUAUAAUAAAACAAAAGGAGACUUGUAUAAA